AUGAUUGAGCGAAAAGAAAUUGUUGUUUGGCGAAGAAAUUAUUUAUUGGAUAUUCGGCAAUAUCGUAUGGAGGGUCGCCCAAUAUACUAUUUGGACGAAACUUGGGUAAAUGCUGGUGACGUACCGAAUAAAAUAUGGUGCGAUAAAUCUAUUAAAUCUGCGAGAGAUGCGACAAAUAAAGGUCUUACAACGGGAGCAGUAAAUCCUAGUGGAAAGGGGAAACGCCUGAUAGUUUGCCAUAUAGGAUCGGAAGAUGGAUUUGUUUCUGACAGUCUUCUGUGCUUUGAGUCUAGGAAAAACACUCAAGACUAUCACGAUGAAAUGAAUGGCGAUUGUUUCCGUGAAUGGUUGGAAGGUGUUUUACCUAGACUCAAAGAUAACGCAGUGAUUGUCAUGGAUAACGCUCCGUACCAUUCAGUGAAACAAGACAAAUGCCCAACGACAAAUACCAAAAAACAAAAAAUUAUCGAAUGGCUCGAGAGUAAAGGAGAGGUUAUUAGUAGACCAAUGGUUAUUCCAGAGCUACUUACCAUUGUGGACAGGCUGAGACCCUUGUACAAUAAAUAUGUUAUUGAUGAACUAGUCAAAAAACAAAACAAAACAAUUCUUCGAUUGCCACCUUACCACUGCGAGCUCAAUCCUAUUGAGCUCGCAUGGUCAAUUGUAAAAAACCAUGUGAGGAUGAACAACAAAACAUUUAAGCUCAACGACGUAAAACAAUUAUUAAUAGAAGGUGUAGAAAGAGUUGAUGCCGACAUGUGGAAAAACUUCAUUAAACAUACAAUAGAAGAGGAGGAAAAAUUGUUUAAGAUGGACUUUGUGGUGGAUGAAUUGAUGGCUGAAAAAGAACCAUGUGUUUUAAAUGUUGAAAGUGAUGAUGAUGACUCGGACGAUUUUAACGACGUUGUACCUCUACCAGAAACUGAUGAAUAA